CGCCCGCCUCGGCCCCGGAGGCGGCACCAGGAAGCGCCCGCCCCGGCCGGAGCCGCCAUGUAACCGGCGCCGCCCGGAGCAGAGCCGCGCGCGGGCCCCGGCCACCCGCACGCCAUGGGGGACGAGGACGAGGACGAGGGCUGCGCCGUGGAGCUGCGGAUCACCGAAGCCAACCUGACCGGGCACGAGGAGAAGGUGAGCGUCGAGAACUUCGAGCUGCUCAAGGUGCUGGGCACGGGAGCCUACGGGAAGGUGUUCCUGGUGCGCAAAGCCGUCGGGCACGACGCAGGCAAGCUGUAUGCUAUGAAGGUGCUGCGCAAGGCGGCUCUGGUGCAGCGCGCCAAGACCCAGGAGCACACGCGCACCGAGCGCUCGGUGCUGGAGCUGGUGCGCCAGGCGCCCUUCCUGGUUACGCUGCACUACGCCUUCCAGACGGACGCCAAGCUGCACCUCAUCCUGGACUAUGUGAACGGAGGCGAGAUGUUCACCCACCUGUACCAGCGCCAGCACUUUAAAGAGGCCGAGGUGCGCGUGUACGGGGGCGAGAUCGUGCUGGCCCUAGAGCACCUACACAAGCUGGGUAUCAUCUACCGAGACCUGAAGCUGGAGAACGUGCUGCUUGACGCCGAGGGCCACAUCGUCCUCACAGACUUUGGGCUCAGCAAGGAGUUCCUGACGGAGGAGAAAGAACGAACCUUCUCCUUCUGUGGCACCAUCGAGUACAUGGCCCCCGAAAUUAUCCGCAGCAAGUCGGGGCACGGCAAGGCUGUGGACUGGUGGAGCCUGGGUAUCUUGCUCUUCGAGCUGCUGACGGGGGCCUCGCCCUUCACCCUGGAGGGCGAGAGGAACACGCAGGCGGAGGUGUCCCGACGGAUCCUGAAGUGCUCCCCUCCCUUCCCCCCCCGGAUCGGGCCCGUGGCACAGGACCUACUGCAGCGGCUACUUUGCAAAGACCCCAAGAAGCGGCUGGGCGCGGGGCCCCAGGGGGCGCAGGAAGUCAAGAGCCACCCCUUCUUCCAGGGUCUGGAUUGGGCUGCUUUGGCUGCCAGGAAAAUCCCAGCCCCAUUCCGGCCCCAGAUCCGCUCGGAGCUGGAUGUGGGCAACUUUGCAGAGGAAUUUACGCGGCUGGAGCCUGUUUACUCACCCCCUGGCAGCCCCCCGCCUGGGGAUCCUCGAAUCUUUCAGGGAUACUCCUUCGUGGCGCCCUCCAUCCUGUUUGACCAUAACAACGCGGUGAUGACAGAUGUGCUGGAAGCAUCUGGCGCUGGAGACCGGCCCGGCCGGGCAGCGGUGGCCAGGAGCGCCAUGAUGCAGGACUCGCCCUUCUUCCAGCAGUACGAGCUGGACCUGUGGGAGCCCGCCCUGGGCCAAGGCAGCUUCUCCGUGUGUCGCCGCUGCCGCCAGCGCCAGAGCGGCCAGGAGUUCGCGGUCAAGAUCCUCAGCCGCAGGCUGGAGGCGAACACGCAGCGAGAAGUGGCGGCCCUGCGGCUUUGCCAGUCGCACCCCAAUGUGGUGAAAUUGCACGAUGUGCAUCACGACCAGCUGCACACGUACCUGGUUCUGGAGCUGCUGCGGGGCGGGGAGCUGCUGGAGCACAUUCGCAAGAAGAGGCACUUCAGCGAGUCCGAAGCGAGCCAGAUCCUGCGCAGCCUCGUGUCGGCCGUGAGCUUCAUGCACGAGGAGGCCGGCGUGGUGCACCGCGACCUCAAGCCGGAGAACAUCCUGUACGCCGACGACACGCCCGGAGCCCCGGUGAAGAUCAUCGACUUUGGGUUCGCGCGGCUGCGUCCGCAGAGCCCCGCGGGGCCCAUGCAGACGCCCUGCUUCACGCUGCAGUACGCAGCCCCCGAGCUGUUGGCGCAGCAGGGUUACGAUGAGUCCUGCGACCUCUGGAGCCUCGGCGUCAUUCUGUACAUGAUGCUGUCGGGGCAGGUCCCCUUCCAGGGGGCUUCAGGCCAGGGCGGGCAGAGCCAGGCGGCAGAGAUCAUGUGCAAGAUCCGCGAGGGGCGCUUCUCCCUUGACGGGGAGGCCUGGCAGGGCGUGUCUGAAGAAGCUAAGGAGCUGGUCCGAGGGCUCCUGACGGUGGACCCCGCCAAGCGGCUGAAGCUCGAGGGGCUGCGGGGUAGCACGUGGCUGCAGGACGGCAGCGCGCGCUCCUCGCCCCCACUCCGGACGCCCGACGUGCUGGAAUCCUCGGGUCCGGCUGUGCGCUCCGGGCUCAACGCCACCUUCAUGGCCUUCAACCGGGGCAAACGCGAGGGCUUCUUCCUGAAGAGCGUGGAGAACGCGCCCCUGGCCAAGCGGCGGAAACAGAAGCUGCGGAGCGCCGCCACCUCCCGCCGCGUCUCCCCCGCGCCCGCCGCCCCGGGCAGGGCCCCCGCCGCCAAAGGAGCCCCCAGACGAGCCAACGGCCCCCUGUCCCCCUCCUAGCCCCCCCACCCACCCCCCACCCCGUAACCUCCCUUCCCCCACAGGGGCUGUGACCUGGGAGCCUCCGGUAUCGGCUCCGCCCCAUCCCCAGGGAUUGCCUUUCCCUCCCCUUCCCCCCCCCCACCCCACCCCACUCCCAGACAGAGCAGAAGUAUUUUUAUAAGCAGAGAAUUUUUUAUGUCUUACCAGAUAGAGUUCGAGAUGCAGGGAGGGAGGGGCCUCUGCCAAGACAGCGCCUCAUCUGGCUGAAGUCACUUCUCCCCCAGGGGGCUGUUCCUGUCGGGAAGGGCUCCUCCCGCAUUUCUACGCACUGAGUUGCCUGCUGCAGGGAGACACUUGGACCUCUCCCCUGCCCUCCCCUGAGGCCCUGCUCUUGGGAGGGGACGCCCCUCUCGCUGUCACUUUAUGGACUGUCUGUGCAAUCAUGUCCACCAAAGACCUGUGUUGGGGAGGGGGGUUCAAGGAGAGGUCCUGGGGGACCCCUGAAGCAUUUCUGCCUCACUCUAUGUCACCCGCUUCUCCCCUAUUGGGGCUAAGUUAGGAGGUAGGCAACCCCUAGAAGGGGAGGCCCCUUCUCACCCCCCCCACCCCCACCCCCCUUGGCACAGCUGCCCCUGGCUGGGGGCAGGGCCUUGAGGGUCUGGGCUGGGCAUCUGCAGUCACUGCCUCAGCCCAUCCAGGCUGUGCCUUUGACUUUAAAAUAAAAGUCCAUCCAGUGCUGUG